AGAUCAUUGCAGGAUCUUGCCCCUGAGUCGGGAGGUCAACCAAUCAGGACUUUGGUGGCGACAACGUGGAGGUCUGGCUCUACCUUUCUGGGAGAUGUUCUGAAUAGCCAUCCAGCAAAUUUUUACCACUACGAGCCGCUAUUUAAUUAUGAAAUAAUUCAUAUACGUGAAGAACCUCUUGCUUCCGAAGCAGUUUCAAAUCUGAAAGCAUUAUUUAACUGCAACUACACAGGUCUUGAUCAUUAUCUCACUUACGGUCAAAAUCAUAUUGAAUUUUUUCUCAUAACACAAGGUUAUGGGCCCAAUGCCAAGAGCAUCGGGAUCUUUGUUGGUCCCCUGAUUUCCUCUCUCCGUUCUGUCGUCUGUUCCCAUUCCAAAGUAUGAAAGUUGUACGACUAAGGCUCAAAUUAGUAGAAGAAUUUCUUAAAGACCCCAGCCUUAAUGUUCGGGUAUUACUCUUGGUUCGUUACCCGCAGGGGACUGUACAGUCCCAAAAGCAUAGAGUGUGGUGCCCCAAUCAUCCAGAUUGUGCAGAACCUGCACUUCUCUGUUCGGAUUUGGUUGCAGACUACAGUGCAGCAGUGGAAUUGAACGCCAAAUAUCCAAACAGGUUCAGGGUAGUACGUUAUGAAGAUCUUUCUGUGGAGCCAUACACAGGGGUUCAAGAUCUCUUCGAUUUCUUGGGCUUGUAUUUCCAUCCCGGAGUUAAACAUUUCCUGGAUACUCAUACAAAAGUUGAUGUUGGAGGUGCUUCAAGCACAUACCGCAAUUCAAAAUCUGCGCCAUUUCAUUGGCGUCAGGAUUUGUCUCAUCAAGAAGUGAGAAAUAUUCAAAGAGUUUGUUGGCCUGCAAUGGAGCGUUGGGGUUAUCUCCUUGCUGCCAAUAGUACACAUCAGCAUGACUUCAAUCCUUUGGGUUCCUUUUCACUGACAUAGCAGAGAAGAAAUGAUGUCAUUUUGAGAUCAUUUAGACUAUUUCACUGAAAAAAGGAAUUAAUGAGAUUAUUUUAGGUAAUCAUGAAUGUAUUGAUGAUGUGGCAUAAAGACUUACAAAACAGAACUACAAUUGAAAAGGUAACCAACAUUGUCGGUUGAUUUCAUGAAAAUGUUUCUGUGUAAUGCACAGAGUAGCUCAAGUACAUAAUUAUAUACUAUAAACAUACGUCAUUAAAUCUAGUGUUGGGCCAUGUCAAUUGUUGUUUCUGUGUUGUGAUAAAAUGUUAAUGGCAGCUGCUGUUAUGUCCUGGCAAGAAUGUCAGUUAGCUACAUUUACAAAAUAGUGAUGAUUGUGACAAGAAUAUAUUUUGAAACAUGCAAACUUUUCAAUCAAUGAAGAGAAAAGACAUUCUGCAUUGUUUCGUAGUUUUAUAAAGAAAAUUUGCCUUAACAGAAUUGCAUCCACUUUCACAAUCUCAUUUUUGUUAUAAUUCCAUUGUAAUGUCAUUAACACUCAAGUGACGUUUAAUGCAUUGUGGGCUGAUAAUGGUGCUUUAUCAUAAUGGCAAUGUUUCCUUUGUGCAUUUUAAAGCAUAUCCUCUAGUGAUUGACAUGUAGUAUUGCAUUUCGUUAACAAUGCGAAAGUUAAUGAAGAAAAGGAUACUCCACAUUUCUUGAUAGAGCAUUCACAUAUCAAGCUGAUUUGAUUCGUAGUAACAUAUCAUCUUCCUUGAGUAUUUUAAGAAAUUUCUCUUGUUGAUAUGCAGAAUUCUGAUUUUAUGGGAUAUUCACAUUUUUCAAAUCAUUAGUGUAUUACAGGGAAGCGAGUACCAUGCCAUGUUCUGGGGUUUAUAUUCCUUUAGAAUCAUAUGCAAAGUUCAUUUUGAUUGUGAAAAAUGCGUAAUGUAUAAUGUGCAUCAUAUUAAGUUUGCUCAUUGAAAAUUUGCCUCGAAAAAUGUAUAGCACUCUAGUGGCGGCUCCAGUGAGUCUAACUAGGGAGGGCACAGGACAGUGGCGGAUGCAGGGGGCAUAGCCUUUCCCCAAAAAACCUCGAGGUUUCGUUUAUUAUCUUCCUUUGUUUGAUAAAAGAGAUUUAUUUAAACAAUAAUAUUGUAUAGUAUCAUAUAUACAUAAUAAAAAAAUAUACUAUAUAAUAACAAAUAUGUUUAUUAUGGAACAAAAAUCUAUGCUUCCCUCCCGUAAACGAUCGCCUGGAUACGCUCAAGGCUCAGGGCAUCCAGGACAUUGAAAUAAAUAAUCGAAGUGACAUGCAGUCAACCAACAUACCUGACGUACUUAAUUUUUGUAGAGUAGUUCAAUCUCCCUAUCUUUGGCACAAGUAAGGAUUUCGAUUACUUGUGAGUUGAAGUUUCGAAUAUGCAUGCACCAUUCUUUUCUAUAGAAAGUGUAGCUAAUGCUAGCUUUAGUCUGUCACUGCCCAUUGCCCUUCGUAGAAAUGUUUUAAGACGUUUGAAAGUGGGGAAGCAUCUUUCGUUCGCAACUGUGGACAUGGGUGUGGUAUCAAUACUUUUUUAAAGAUAUACGAAGGAGUUAAUGACAUAUUAUUCUCCAAAAAAAUUGAGUAACGCAAGAGCACCAAAAGCACCAUGUACGUCUUUGCGAGAAGACAUCACAAUUUCACAGAAUAUUGUAGAAAUUUUUCAGUUAGUAAUAAUUUCACAGCACUGAGAUGAUCUGAGAAAUCGAAUCUGUCUUUGCUGUUAACAAUAACAUCAGGUAUUUUAAGAGCGACAAAACGAUGUCUUCUGCUCUCCCUGAGAUCAACACAUGGUUUCUUAUUCAUUGGUUCAUUUUAAGAAGCUCGGUCGUCUUCAUACAUUACAUGAUUAUUUGAUACUGCAUCAGAAAAGAUCGAUAAAUGUUCUGAUCUUUACAGCAUCGAACAGCUUUUUUGAACAGAAUCAAAAUGAAAUGUCACUUGAAGCAUAAUUUUACUGCAGAAAGUAAGUAAAAAUACAAAAUCUCUUUCAAAGUACAUUAAAAUUAAUACAUUUUUGGCAAAUUUUGAAAACUGCAUCCAGUAUAUCGAUUUGAAUUGUCUUUGAAAUUCCUCUAAACAAUUUUUCAAAGGUUUGACGCUCCAUCUGUUAAGCCCCUGAAGACGCCUGGCUUAUUUGUUUCUUCUCGUUCGCCGAGACCUCGCAAAGCUUAUUCAAACUCGCCGCGGGAUUUUAGUGCAUCAAUUAUGCAACUUAAAAUGUACCCAUUUGAAUCUACAUGUUCAUUAUGUUUACGUAUAGAAAACCUAUAUGCAUCAUCCAAUUGCUGAUUAAUACUAAUUUUCCCCAGAACUUUUAAGUUUAUUUUAUUGUUUCGGUGGGUUUUCGAGAGAGCAGGUUAUUUACAUUUCCCAGGUAAAUGCUUGAUACAUUUAUUGCCACUCUUAGUCCAUGUUUCGUCGCCUCCGAACAGAAGACAAGGAAAAAUAUCUAUCCUGGCAUCCACAAAUCCACUCCCAUUUCUCGUACACUGAUCAAUUAAAAAUAUAUCGUAUAGUAGAAAAUUUAUCACUGAACACCUGAUUGAUGCACAAGUCUGGUUUUGUGGGCCUAAUUCUUUUCUUAAAAUUCUGUCUUCAUAUUUUAAAUUUCUGUUUUGUAAAAGCCUUACUUGAUUCAUGUUGUUUGGCUUGACAUUCACAAUUACUUUACAAAAAAAACAAAAAAAAUAAAGUAUUUGAAAAAAAUAAAGUAUUUUAACACAUCUCUUGGGGCCGAACCGAAUAAACACUAGACUGAAGCGCUUGUCUAUGGGAGAACUGUCGGCGCGGUCACACAGAAUUGGAGACCUGUGCGUAUGCUUGCACUGCCCCCUCUCAAAUCGCGCCGUUCCACGAAGACAGACCCCGGCGCACGGCGAGGCGAGGCGAGGCGAGCGGACUUCCCGUGAGCAGCCCUGUUGCCAGGUUUCAUACAGAUGCCUUUACGGAACCUCGUUCAUUUCCUCAGAGCAAAAAUAACAAUAGCGCACUCAUAUUCAAGUUGCAAUGGUUCAUAUUGCAAUAUAAAGAAUUUAAAAAUAUUAAAUACUUGGGAAGCGCGUGACCAUAUGACCUUACGAUAGAGCCGCCUCUGUAGCACUCAUAAAUUUAUAUCACUCAAUAAAGAGGCUUAGUAGUAGGUUAUAUUGAGACCCUCGAAAUGAUUGUAUUUCUCUUUCACUAUUAUUAUUCUCGAACUUCCUCGAAGUCAAUC